GUCAGUUGUAACAUACUGAAGAAUUCCAUUUCAGAGUUGUUAUUAGACUUGGAAAGACUGACUGGCUUUAAUGUUCAGAAAAAAAAUGACUCCCCAAGAAAAGAAAAAAAGACUCCCCAAGAAGAAAAAAAAUGACUCCCCAAGCCCCUUCAUGUUUUUGGUAUAGUUGUUAAAGUUAGAUUCACUUAAGGUUAGUGCUAUGUGGGAUCCUUGGGACAUUCAAAUGCCAAAGUUGAAUAUGAAGCCACUGUCUGUCAACAGUAUCUGUCAGCUGACUCCGGACAUUGAAAAGUUGAAUACGCCAUUAACAUAGGAAAAUCAGGGGGACUAAGGGUGCUGAAGAACCGAGUUCAGUAGCCUUCCUGAUUGAGAGAUCUCUCUGAGCAGCAUAGUCUUAAAGAGACAUUAGACGAUAUGGAGCUUGAGGGAGACCCUGAAGUCGUGAGUAGGAGUGUCAAGGAGGAGAGAGUUGAGUCACCUUGUCUCAGCUGCCUGUCUAUGAAGAUUAACAGGUCAAUGUGUGAACCCAUUCACUUCAGAGGAGAAACCAAGCCCCCGGAUCUAAGGGCCAGUUUGCUGACUGUUCAUCAUUUCAGAUGCCCUUUGUGUUCAGAUGUGAUGACGAACCUGGUCUCCAUUCCCUGUGGACACAGUUACUGCAGGCAGUGUAUCAGUACACACUGGGCCCAGCCCGGCCAUGCAGGAAACUAUGUGUGCCCCCAGUGCAAUAAGAGAUUCAGAGCCAAGCCUGUGCUCUACACUAACGCAGCCUUGGCCAAGGUGCUCCACGAGCUCCAGCAGGCAGGCUUCAGUCCUGCCGUCCCUGCUCUGGGCUACGCUGGGCCCGUGGAUGUGGCAUGUGAUAUAUGCUCUGGCCAGAAGCUGAGGGCGGUUAACUACAUUUUCCCACUUGUUAUUCCGACAUGGAGGGUUGUUCAAGUGAACUUUCCCACUGGGAACUAGGAGCUCCGAUAGCAUGUGAAUUUGGCAUCAGCAUUACUCCUGUCACGGGCGUCCUCCUCUUCAUCUGAAGAAGAGAGGCGAGAAGGAUCGGAGGACCAAAAUGCGGCGUGGUAUGUGUUCAUGAUGAAAUUUAAUAAAGAAAACACUGAAACACACUAUACAAAACAAUAAACGACUGUGAAGCUAAAUGAGAACUGUGAUGAUACAAGCAAUCAACAUAGACAAUCACCCACAAACAAACAGUGAAACCCAGGGUACCUAAGUAUGAUUCUCAAUCAGAGACAACUAAUGACACCUGCCUCUGAUUGAGAACCAUACUCUGCCGAAAGAUAGAAAUCCCCAAAUCAUAGAAAAACAAACAUAGACUGCCCACCCCAACUCACGCCCUGACCAUACUAAAUAAUGACAAAAACAACAGAAAUAAAGGUCAGAGCGUGACAACUCCGUCAUGUAGUAUUCUUUCUAACAAAGAUAUCAACAUAUAUUUUAAGAUGUUGUGGACCCCUGGAAAUAAUCAGAAUUAAUGUAAACAUUAUGGUUUUAAAAACAUAGCUUGUCCAAAAAAGUGGUCUCUUGGGGUAAGUCUCUGGACAUAAGAAGAACCUCUUAAGAAUCCAACUCUUUUUUUCAAUUUUCACCUAAAAUGACAUACCCAACUCUAACUGCCUGUAACUCAGGCCCUGAAGCAAGGAUAGGCAUAUUAUUGGUACUAUUUCAAAGGAAACCCUUUAAAGAUUGUGGAAAUGUGAAAGGAAUGUAGGAGAAUAUGACAUAAUAGAUAUGGUAAAAGAUAAUACAAAGAAAAAAAAAUGUUAUUUUGUAUUUGUUUUGUACCAUUAACCUUGAAAUGCAAGAGGAAGGCCAAAAUGUAGUUAUUCCAGCCCAGCUGCAAUUUAGAUUUUGGCCAAUAUUUGUGCAAAGUUUUAGACUGAUCCAAUGAACCAUUGCAUUUCAGUCAAAGGAUUUGUAUCAAUACUGCCCACAUGUGCCUAAUUUGUUUAUUAAUAACUUUUCAAGUUUAAAACUGUGCACUCUCCUCAAGCAAUAGCAUGGUAUUAUUACACUGUAAUAGCUACUGUAAAUUGGACAGUGCAGUUUGAUUAACAAGAAUUUAAGCUUUCUGCCAAUAUCAGAUAUGUCUUUGUCCUGGGAAAUUCUCUUGUUACUUACACGUUUAACAUAGGCCCUGUUGUUACCUCAUAUUCCAGCGAUAAUGCCUUGCAUUACGCCUGGGAAGAAAACACACAACUUGCCGUUGGCUCAACUUACACCAAGGCAAACAUUUUGACAAUAUUAGCCCACACAGCUACAAGGAUGCACUUUCAUGCUAGGUUUAGGACCUAAUUUUAAGCUUAUAUAGACCCCAACUGAUGUAUAGAACAAUCUUAAAAUGAUCUACUUUGGUUUAGAUACAAAUAUCAUGAAACCUACAACGCAAACCUAUAACUCAAUUUUCCUCCCCAAAACACCAGAAAAUGGCCAAAAUGAGUGGAAAUAUCUCACAUGCUUUUACAUUAUGAUUGGACUAUUAUGUGUUCUAUGUUGCUUUUGAAAAAAUUAUUAAAAAAAUAGUUUCACUAUAUUAAAACGAGAAUGUACUUCAUGUAGUUCACACAUGGAAUAAAUAAUAAUAAUAACCAGAAAUUACUUCAAAAUAACUUUACAAUGAGAAAUUGAGAAAUGUUGUGAUAUCAGUGGGUAAGAAUCUUCCUAGAAGUCAGAAAAACAUGACAAAACGCAGAUUUUCUUUAUUAAUAAAAAUCUGAUUUAUUGAAUUUUC